UUUAAACUGGUGUGCAUGAGCGUGUAGACGGAGAUGUAACGGAGCUCUAACGUUAAACGAGGCGAACUAAUAUGGCAGUGAACAUGAUCACAGUGCGGGAUUUAACACUGCAUCCAUCGGAACACAUUUCACUAAAUCACAGCACGUCUCAACAUCAGUACAGGAGAACAGCCGGAGUGUGAGAGGACUGUACAAGCAAAGCCAGUAGUAACCUCCUAGGUUAGUCUGGGAAAACCUGUGCACUUCUGCUCCCUCCCCAUUGCACCAAGAGACUACACUCCCAUUCAGGAAAUGGGAGAUCAUCAUCAGGUCAAGACUUCCUUCCUUUUUAUCCAACUGCAGUCACCCUCCAGGGCUCAGCAGUGCCAACCUUCUGCUGAAUCUGUGAGCUUGGUCACUCCAGAGGACGUAUCAUCAGCCACAGCAGCUGCAGACACAACACAACCUUCAGUCGGAGACCUAGAGAGCACCUACGAAAGGGAAGGUGAAAGUAUAACUGAUUACAAGGAUGCGACAAAUGACAACAUAUUACUGAGUGAAGAUAGUAAACCUAUACGAGAGGAAUCACCUUCACCACUAUUUGCUGAUGGGAUUACAGAAAAGAGCUAUUUCUCAAAUUCAACAAGAGUAGAUAACAAACUGGCUAACAAACACACCAAUUCAUCAUCGAGCUGUGAAUGUCUAAUAGGAAAUGUGUUUCUAACGAAAACAGAUUCUCAGGAGUGCUUGAGUUGUGAAUUCACCAAAUCCCUAAAUUCAGUAUCUGAGAGGGAUAACUCUGUUGAACACUCUGUUGAGUUCAUUUGGCCCUUGUGUCAGGACGGUCCUGAAACCAUGAGUGAAGCGAUUCCGUCUCCAUCGCUGGGGAAUUUUCCCAAAUCUUCUUUUGGUCCCAGAGUGAGUUUCCUCUACCCGUCAACAGAAUCUGACUCCCUGAACAAGACUACACCAUGUAAUCCAGAUCCGAGCCCAACGCCCAGUGGAGUGCUUCCAGCUUGUGCACCAACCUCUACUUUUCUGCCGAGCACACAUCGGCCAUCGCACAGCAGCUGGGUGCACAGUGCCAAGCACAAGGAGGAGGCUGCUGCUCAAGAAAAAACACACACUGCGCCGAGCCCGAACACAGAGAGGACCACUUUUGUUUCAGCUGUCAUCAAGAGGUCUUCGAUGCUCUGUGGGGAUGUCUGGAAACCAGCAUACAGUUCUCCUGAAGUGACUUCUGCUGUGGAAAAGUCUUCUGAAAUCCUUUCUCUUUCUGGAGGUGCAGGAAAACCAAACCAAACUACACUGACUACUGAAUCUCUGCACACUGAUACAGCACCAUCAACCAUGCUUCGGUCUGCAGCACCUGAAAAGGCCGAAACGUUUGUUUGGGUCAACGGCUCCUCCUCGCACGCUCAGAUCGUCGCCAAGGCCAAGUACGAGUUUCUGUUCGGAAAGACACCCGACUCGAGCUCUCCAGGCACCGCCUCUACACCUGACACAACACCCCAGCUGGAGGCCAACAUCAGCACAACCCCUGACCCCUCCAUCCAGGAGGAUGAGCUUGACGAGGUGUCACUCUUUCAGGAGAUCGACAGGGAGCUUGCCGAGCUGCUGAGCGGCCUCACGGCCCAAGCCCGGCAUGCUGUGGCGACCGAGCAGAGCAGCCAAUCAGGAGACACCUCUUCAGACAUGAUCCCCUGUAACGGGACGACUCCUUCUCCUCCGGGCACAGCCGAUCACGGCCCAGAGCUACAGAACUGCACCUCAGAUCCCACGCAGUCAGAAAAGCUGAGCAACGUGAUGUUCGACUCGUGGUGUGAGGCACUGAUUCAGGACCCGAGCUCAGCUCAGGAGCUGCACUGCGCGAACCCGCCUCAUGGCCCAGACACCAGGAAUGCAACUACAAGCCAACAUAAACCUGCACCGGUGCCCACUAUGGAAAAGAAGGAGGGAGGCGAGAGCAGAGACUCGUCACCAAGGCUUCUGGAUACCUCGUUGGAUGAGUCCAGCAAAAUCCUGGCGGAGAUCCCCGGCAUCUUCAGUGCCUUCCUGGACGGGGGCAAAGCACGGGAGAAACCCCAGAAGAUGCUGCGCUUUGUGGAGGACCAGGCUGUCGGAGACAUUUUCCUGAAUGGAGAGGCUGAAGAGACGGGACAGACAACUCAGGACAUGGAGAAACCUUCUCAGGACAACACGCUUCAGACCGCCGUGCCGGUGGUGUGUGUUACUGAAGUGAAUGAAAAAAGCUCAGCCAGUAGGUGUGUAGAGGGCAGAGCCUGCCAGAGCGAGGAAGCCACAGACAUGUUCAGCAGUCAGUUCGAGAGCAUUCUGGAGUCGGAGCGGCUGUGCGUUACACUCUACAGCAGCCUGGACUCGCUGGACGCUCUGUCCUCCUCAGCUGACGAGACAGACGCACAGGCUGAACUAGGGCCCACACACCGGGUUGUAGAGAUGCCCCUCACGCCCAUGAUCCAGCAGCGGCUGAAAGAGAGCGCGCUCUUUAUGGAGGCUAGUAGCAGGCAGGAGGAGCUGCUGAGCGUCAGUGCAACCGAGAAGAGCGGGAAAGCCGCCCUGGAGAUGACCUCCUCCUUCCUGAACACGGAGAUGGAUGGUGGACACACGGAUGGAGCUCUGGCCAAUGGCAUGAUGGGGAAGGACACAAGAGAUUGGCUGCGCAGCUGGUCAAGCAGCGAUGAGGGGUUGAAAGACGUGCUGUCAGACUGGGACUUGGACAUGGGCAGCACCGAACGACAGAAGGACAGUGCGGACACGAUGAACAACGGGCACCGCAGUGACCAGGAAGCAGCACGACGCCUGGCGCGCCGCCUUUACCACCUGGAGGGCUUCCGACGCUCUGACGUCGCCAAGCACCUGGGCAAGAACAACGACUUCAGUAAGAUGGUUGCCGAAGAGUACCUCACUUUCUUUGAAUUCACAGGGAUGACGUUGGACCAGUCGCUCAGAUCCUUUCUCAAAGCUUUUGCACUAAUGGGUGAAACCCAGGAACGAGAGCGGGUUUUAAUCCACUUUUCUAAUAGGUACCAUCAAUGUAACCCCACCAUCCUCACCUCACAAGAUGACGUGCAUUGCCUUACAUGUGCUUUAAUGCUGCUGAACACUGACCUUCAUGGACAGAAUAUUGGGAAGAAGAUGACGUGCCAGGAAUUCAUCAACAACCUGGACGGACUGAACGCAGGACAAGAUUUCCCCCGAGAUCUACUCAAGGCAUUGUAUAACUCAAUCAAGAACGAGAAGCUGGAAUGGGCAAUUGACGGGGAUGAGUUGAAGAAAUCGCUGUCGGAGCUCGCAGACACCAAGAACGACAACACUCACACCAAGGGCAUCAGCAGGAUCAGCAGCAGCAGCAACCCUUUCCUGGAUAUCGCCCAUGACCCCAAUGCUGCUGUUUACAAAGCAGGCUUUCUGGCCCGGAAAAUCCACGCUGACAUGGAUGGCAAGAAAACCCCUAGAGGAAAGAGAGGCUGGAAGACAUUUUAUGCUGUUCUCAAAGGCAUGAUCCUGUAUUUACAGAAGGAUGAGUUCAAACCAGAGAAGUCCCUGUCUGAGGAGGACCUGAAGAAUGCCAUCAGCGUGCAUCAUGCCCUGGCCAUAAAGGCUGUAGACUACGAGAAGAAGCCCAACGUGCUAAAGCUGAAGACAGCCGACUGGAGAGUCUUCCUCUUCCAGGCCCAGAGCCCUGAGGAGAUGGAGUCUUGGAUCAGAGUCAUCAACUCGGUGGCCGCCAUGUUUUCCGCGCCCUCUUUCCCUGCCGCCAUCGGCUCGCAGAAAAAAUUCAGCCGCCCGCUGCUGCCAGCCUCGACCACCAGGAUGUCACAGGAGGAGCAGCUGAAGUCGCACGAAGCCAAGCUGAAGCAUAUCUCCACAGAACUAGCUGAGCACAGGUCCUACCCUCCAGACAAGAAGGUCAGAGCCAAGGAGAUUGACGAGUACCGCCUGAAAGAGCACUACCUGGAAUUUGAGGAGAACCGUUACGAGAUGUACGUGAAGCUAUUAAAGGAUGGAGUGAAGGAGCUCCUGACUGCUAAAGAGAACGAUGCUGCCCUGAAGAAAUCCCAGUCCAGCCCACACCUCAACCAGGAGUCCCAGCCGGCCGCCGCCAAAAUCAAGCGCAACACGUCCGAGAGGAAGGACUACCGUCCCGAGACGCCCAAAGUCACAUAGGCAGCGUGUCUUCACCCCUCUUGAGAACAAGAGCCAUUCUUCACAACAUGUGAAUAUAUUUUAAUGUAAUUUAUUAUCUGCCACUGUUGUAAACGGAAAACUGUUGUGUAAAAUGUAAUUGAAUUGAUACUCGUCCUCUUUAGACCGACUGGUGCUCGUGUAGCUGUUUGUAGGCGACAUUACUUACAUCCGUGUGGUCCUUUAAUUUCCUUUCAGUGUCAUUGUUGCAGUUGUCAUUGUCGUGAUGAGCGGGCGGUUUCCUGACGAGGCGCUCACUCGGUUGGUUCCCGCCGUGUCACGUCUCGACACACGGUUUGCCUUUCACUGGAGAGGAGUAGUGCUUUCCCGCCUACAGUUUAGUGCCGAUCUCCACAGCAGUUUCUUUGUGCAUACAGUAGGCAGUAGACGUGUCCUUUCUCUGAAGGUCAUUUUAGUACGGAAAUGAACUGGACGUUCGAGCCACAGUUUAUAGGCAAGAAAAAAGGCUUCCAGACAGAACAGACAGGAGACUUGAAUGCUUUCUUACAGAAACGUUCUCUUAGGACCUCUGAGAUCUUUAUUUUUUCAUUGCAGUGAUGCAUCAGGAUGUAAAUACAGGAAUGCAGUGCAUCAGGUCAUGAACAACAACUCAGUGCAGUUAGCCGUUUAAUCCUUUAUUACUAUAGCAAAGACAACAAAGAGAUAUAACAAAGAGAUAUGUGGAUCUCUCUCUCUCUCUCUGUCUCACACACACACACACACUCUCUCUCUCUCUCUCUCUCUCUCUCUCUCUCUGUCACACACACUCUCUCUCUCUCUCUCUGUCACACACACACACACUCUCUCUC